AUGGUCAAUUUAUCUAUCUAUCUAUCUAUCUAUCUAUCUAUCUAUCUAUGUUUGGAUCUAUCUAUCUAUCUAUCUAUCUAUCUAUCUAUCUAUCUAUCUAUCUAUCUAUCUAUCUCUCUCUCUCUCUAUAUAUAUAUAUAUAUAUAUAUAUAUUUUUUUCUCUUUUAUUUUUUAUUAUUUUGUUUCAUUUCUUUCUUUCCUUUCUUUCUUCUUUUCCUUUCUUUGCUUUACUUUUUUCUUCUUUUCCUUUUUUCUUCUUGUCAUUCUUUCUUUUGCUUUUUCUUCCUUACUUUCCUUUCCUUUCCUUUUUUCUUCUUUUUCUCCUUCCUUUUCCUUUUCUUCCUUUCUUUCCUUUUUUCUUUUCUUCCUUCUUUGCAUUUCUUUUCUUCAUUUCUUUCUUUUCUUUUUAUUCCUUUCUUUCCUUUCCUUUUUUCUUCCUUUCUUUCUUUCUUUUCCUUUUUCUUCCUAUCUGUCCUUUUCUUUCUUUCUUUUUUCUUACUCUCGUUUCCUUUUUUCUUUCUUUCCUUCUUUUUUCUUUUAUUUCUUUUUCUUUUUUUCUUCCUUUACUUUUUACUUUUCCUUUUUCUUCCUUUCUUUCCUUUAUUUUUCCUAUAG